CCGAAAUUGAAAGAUUGUUUAUAUCGACUGAUAUAAAUACAGUUCUUACUUAGUCCCGGUACGUGAAGUAAAGAUGCCAGCCAAAAAGAAAGGUAAGAAGAAGGCAAAAGGAAGUAGCAGAGGUGAAAAGGAAGAGGAAGAAGGAGGAGGAAAGCCUGAACCUACGGGAAAAGAGCAAGAACUGAGAAGAGAACUGGAAGUUUUAACAGAAAAAUUAUCAAAUCUUAAGCGAGAGGUUGAAGGACUACGGAAGGAAAACGAAUGGCUCCAGGAAGAGGCUCAACAAACUCGACUGGAAAGUCAUGAGUACAUGUCCUACAUGGCUAAAAAGACACAGAAGAGACAAACAACAAUAAUAUCACUGAGUGACAGCAAUCAGCAAGAAUUGGAGAACAUCAAGCAGCAGAGAGAGCAGAUGUUAAAUGAAUAUCAAGAGAAGAAACAAGCUUUGAAGCAACUGAUGCUUGAGAAAGAGGCUGAACUUGCCCUGACAAAUAAUGAACUGGCUGAAUUGGAAGAGUAUCAGACUCUUCAGCGUGAUCAAAAGGCAGAGAUUGCACAUCUGGAGCAGGAAGUUCACAUGAUGAGAGGAAAACACUCAGAAGCAAUACAAAAGCUUAAAUCACAGUUUUUACGAGAGAAAAGAAGCUAUCAAAGGGAAUCAGAUGAUAAAAUUCAAGAAAUGGCGCAACAAGCCUCACAGGAGGCAAAACAGUGUUUAGAUGAGCACACGCACAGGAUCAAAGACGAAAACCGAUUGUUGCGGAAGGAACUGUUACAGCUAAUCAGAAGAACACGGGCCCUUCAUGAACAUCGCCAAGAACUUGAAGAACAACAUAAAACACUUUUGCGUGAAGUACAAUACAGUAGAGACCUGAAGAAACUCAGGGGUUCGAGGCAAAACAGGCUUCACCAGAACUUUGGAAUAAGUACAGAACAGGGUCCGCAAUAAGAGCAUAAUUGACCAUAAAAGGACAAACAUGUUCUGUCCAUUUUGUGGUUGGGACCAGGUAGAAAAUGGGUUGAGAACGCCACUUCAAAACUUAUUUAUUCCCUUGUGAAAUGUUUUUGCAGUUUGUUUUGGGUUGUAGUGACCAUUUUUGGAAAAGAUCCUUGUUUCAAUGAAAAGUUUGGAAAAUCAUGUGACAAA